AUGUCCCCAUGUCAUUCCCCACUUUUCCCAUGUUCCGUCCCCUCCUUUUCCCAUGUCCAUUCCCCCUUUUCCUCAUGCCUGUUUCCUUGUUGGCCCCAUAAUUCCCCCAUUGGUCUCAUCCAACUCUCAUCCCUCCUGUUCCCCCAGAGCCAUGUGACAGCAGUGGAGGUGAAUUUAGCGGAUGGAAGGUUCCUCGCAACUGCGGUGCUCCCAGCGGACGAGGCAGAGGCAGCGUGCCGGGCGAGCCAAGAGCGGGCAGCAGCCGCCCACUCCGCCGCCCAGCCCGUGCCGCCCAGGCCCGCCCUGCCCUCGUUCCUUCUGACUUUUGAGUCGACUCAAAAGUCAACAGUCGCCCACUCCGCCGCCCACUCCGCCGCCCAGCCCGUGCCGCUCAGGCCCGCCCGCUCCUCGUUCCUGCGCCUCUCGUCUGCUAGCUUCAGCAGGAGCGGCAGCAGCAGGCAUAGGUGGAAAAGCCAAGAGGGUGUGGGGGAUGGGGAUGGGAGGGCGGAAGCGAGUAGGGAGGGCGAGUGGGGAGAGAGCAGUGGAAGGGAAGGUGGUGCGAGUCGGGGUAUGGAGAGAGGGGAGGGUGGGGGUGAACGUGGUGAGGGUGGUGAGAGUGGGAGAAGGGGAGCGGAUGGUGAGGAUGAAGAGGGGGAGGAGGUGGAGGGGAGUGGAGGGCAGCGGCAGCGGUGUGUGGCGAGGCGGCAUGCAGCCGUGUUGCUGGAUGAGAGUCCCACCACACACACACCGCACAUGCUGCGACUCAGGAUAGCCAAGGUACCCCAGGGCAGCAGUGUGCGUGUGCGAGCAACAUACAUAGAGGAAAUGGCAGGGCGGCAGGGUUACAGCGAGAUGAGCGUGCCGCUGACAGUGCCCUUGGAGUGCGUGCCAGAUGACCUGGCAGUGCAGGAUGUGGUGCGCGUGAGCUGUACCAUCAACAGCGGCUUGCAGUGCCCCAUGAAGAUAGGCGACUUCAACCACCCCAUGAAGGUGGUGCUGGUGGAGUUGGGGCGAGCCACGUUUGUGGGCCAUCCGAGCGACGACGACCCCGACGCCUGGCCGAAUGCCGACUUCACCCUCUCCUUCCAGGUGGUGACGGAGGACGUGAGUGCAGCAGUGCUCGUGCAGGCGCCUCUCAUUGGAGACCCCGAUCCCCGAGCCUCCUUCGCCCUUUCAAUCGCUCCGCCCGAUCCCUCCCAAUUCUCAGUGUUCAGCCGGGCGGUGGUCUUUAUUCUCGACAGCGAGUGCGGCCUGAGAGCCCGCCCCAUGGAAGAUGCUCGGAGGGCAGUCGCAGCAGCACUGAAACGCUUAAAGCCUCACGACUCGUUCGCGGUGGUGGCGUUUGACUUUGAGCUGCUGCUGCUGGACGAUGAGCUCGAGGCCGCCUCCCCUGAGGCUGUACGCAGGGCGUGCAAGUUCGUGCUGCAGGCGCAUGACUGGCCGCAGCCUGCCAAUGUGCUCACACCGCUGCAGCUGGUGGGUGGAGAGCGGUGA